UUCAUAUUGUAAAAUACAAUUUUUUGGAUGGCGUGAUCCCUCCCUGGCUCUCUGUGUAAAUCCGUAUUUAGCAUUUUCAUAAAAGAAAAGCGACAACCCUCCCCCACAGAAUUCCGUACACAAAUUGUGCACUUCAUGUUCAUAUUUAUCACUCUCUCAAGACAACUUAAAAGACAGCUCAAAGUUAUAACCUGUGUUAGCUAGCAGAAAUGGAGAAGGAAAGGAAUAAUGCCUACAAAGCUCAUUGUUUGGUGUUAUCCUAUCCAACCCAAGGCCACCUUAAUCCUAUGCUCGAGUUCGCCAAGCGUUUGGAGCACAAAGGAGUCAAAGUUACUCUAGUUACCACACGCUCCAUGUCCAAAACCAUUCACAAAGAAGCCAGCUCCAUUGCCCUAGAGACCAUCUCUGAUGGCUUUGAUGAAGGUGGGAUUGCUCAUGCAGAGAGCAUCCAGGCCUAUUUGGAGCGAUUUUGGCAAGUGGGGUCACAAACUCUGGCUGAGCUCCUUGAGAAGCUUUCUAGUUCUAUUUCAGGCAACCCUGUUGAUUGUAUUGUUUAUGAUGCUUUCUUGCCUUGGGCUCUCGACGUAGCCAAAAAGUUUGGCUUAGUUGGUGCUGUUUUUUUCACUCAAUCUUGUGCUGUUGAUAAUAUAUACUACCAUGUCCAUAAGGGGUUGCUCAAACUUCCUCUUUCAGAGCCAGAAAUUUUGCUUCCAGGGUUGCCAACACUUCAACCUCAGGACAUGCCAUCUUUAAUUUAUGAUUUAAACACCUAUCCAGCUUUCUUUGAUAUGCUUGUGAGCCAAUUUUCCAAUGUUGAUAAAGCUGAUUGGGUCCUUUGCAACACGUUAUAUGAGCUGGAGCCAGAGGUAGUGGAUUGGAUGACAGAGAUAUGGCCAUUGAGAACUAUAGGACCAACCAUACCAUCUAUGUACUUAGACAAGCGGAUUGAAGAUGACAAAGACUAUGGUUUCUGCAUCUUCGAACCAAACAGCGAUGCUUGCAUGAAAUGGCUAAAUGAUCAUGCAAAAGGAUCUGUUAUUUAUGUAUCUUUCGGGAGUUUGGCCGCUCUUAAUGCCGAGCAAAUGGAAGAACUUGCUUGGGGUUUGAGAAUGAGCAACAGCUACUUCUUGUGGGUGGUAAGAGCAUCUGAAGAGGCAAAGCUCCCCAAAAACUUUGUGGAAGAGACUUCAGAGAAAGGACUUGUGGUUCAUUGGUGUCCCCAGCUCGAGGUAUUAACACAUGAGGCAGUGGGAUGCUUUGUGACACAUUGUGGAUGGAACUCUACUUUGGAAGCUCUUAGCUUGGGUGUUCCAAUGGUUGCAGUGCCACAAUGGACAGAUCAACCAACAAAUGCAAAGUAUAUUAUGGAUGUUUGGAAGAUGGGACUUAAAGCUCCGGCCGAUGAGAAAGGGUUAGUCAAGAGAGAAGCAAUAGAAAAUUGCAUAAGGGAAAUAAUGGAAGGGGAGAGAGGGAAAGAGAUUUUGAAAAAUGCAUACAAAUGGAAGGCAUUGGCCAAAGAAGCUGUUGACCAAGGUGGAAGUUCAGAUAAAAACAUUGAAGAGUUUGUAACUACGUUGGUUCACUCCUAAAAAGACCUAGCUAACUUAGUAGCUAAGAGCUUCAGGUGCAUUAAUUAGUUGCAGUUGUUUCUUCAUGAAUUGGUGCACUCUGAAUGGUAAUGCAAUAAGGGUUACACUCGGUGUGUAACAGAUCGACUUUUUCCAUGUAAUAAUUUUGGCUUGUCAGUUUGGAACUGUGUAAACCGUAAAUAUCUAUCGAUGGUUGCUUGGCCUUUUCAAA